CAGCGCUCUGAGAGAUACAGACCGGUGAGAACAUUUGUCAGGGCUGGCUGACGAGGCUCCCCUCGACUCUGCUCCUGCUUCUUUUUUUGAAUCAGUGGAAAGGCUGUGAGCGUUGUGUUAGCGGACUGAAAAAGGCACGCCUGUUUGACACCUGAAUAUACUCUCCUCUGCACACCCACCAGAAGCUGCAGCAUCAGGGUGUCAUCAUGUGGAUGAAAGGCUUGCUCCUAGUCUGCCUGACCUCCCUGCUCCUCGAGCUCUCCAGUGCUGGUCUGGUAAAAAAGAUCAUCCGCCACCGUAGAGAGGCUCUGAUACCCAAGAAGACGCAGGAGAACCUCACCCUGCCCAACCCGGACCAGCCAGUAGUAUUCAACCACGUCUAUAACAUCAACGUGCCCUCCUCAUCCCUCUGCUCCGUGGACCUCGACUCCCCCGGAGGCACUGAGCUCAAACACAAGAGCGCUCCGAUGGGCAUGCAGAACACCGAGCACAUCGAAAACACGGAGGAUGGAGAGAAUCAGAUUGUUUUCACACACCGGAUCAGUAUUCCCAAGCAGGCUUGUGGAUGUGACAACCAGCUUCCAGACAUCAAGGAUAUCUUGAACAGGCUGGAGAUGCUGGAGUCUGAGCUGUCUAGUCUGAGAGAGCAGUGCAGCAGUGGCUCUGGCUGCUGCGGGGCUCCAGUUACAGGUGAAGUCUCCACUAAACCAUUCUGUAACGGCCGUGGGAACUGGAGCACUGACACCUGCAGCUGUGUUUGUGAGCCUGGAUGGAAGGGCCCCAACUGCACUGAACCCGAAUGCCCCAACGACUGCCAGGACCAGGGCCGCUGUGUCGACGGUAAGUGUGAGUGCUUCGAUGGCUUCGGUGGGGACGACUGCGGCAUCGAGCUCUGCCUGCUGGACUGUGGCGACUAUGGCCACUGUGUUGAUGGGUCGUGUCUCUGUGAGGACGGCUUCCUUGGUGAAGACUGCACCCAGACCAACUGCCUCAACAACUGCCUAGGCCGCGGCCGCUGCGUGGAUGACGAGUGCGUCUGUGACGAGCCUUGGACAGGUUUCGACUGCUCCGAGCUCAUCUGUCCAAACGAUUGCUAUGACCGAGGGCGCUGUGUCAACGGAACCUGCUACUGUGACGAAGGCUUCACUGGUGAAGACUGUGGAGAGAUUACCUGUCCUGGCAACUGUAACAACCGCGGCAUGUGUGUGAAUGGCCUGUGUGUGUGUCAAACCGGCUACAGUGGAGAGGACUGCUCAAAACUCACUUGUCCCAACAACUGCAAUGAGAGGGGUCAUUGCUUCAAUGGAAAGUGCAUCUGCGAUCCAGGAUUUGAGGGUGAUGAUUGCUCCAUACUCUCUUGCCCUGACAACUGCAGCAACAGGGGCCAGUGCAUAAAUGGAGAAUGUGUAUGCGAUGUAGGAUACCAAGGUGAAGACUGCAGCGAGCUCUCCUGCCCCAACAACUGCCAAGGUCGCGGCCGCUGUGUAAACGGACAGUGCGUAUGUGACCGAGGCUAUGCCGGGGAGGACUGUAGCAUCAAGACCUGUCCAAAAGACUGCAUGGGACGUGGAGAGUGUGUGGAUGGCAAAUGCAUUUGCUUCGUUGGUUUCACUGGGAAAGACUGUGGAGAGCUGACCUGUCCCAAUGACUGCUUGGACCGUGGUCACUGUGUGAAUGGGCAGUGUGUUUGCCAUAAGGGUUUCACUGGUGAGGACUGCAGUGAGAAGACGUGUCCCAAGAACUGUCUAGACAGAGGUUACUGUGUCGAUGGUAAAUGUGUUUGCUAUGAGGGUUUCACCGGGCCGGACUGCUCCCUACUGACCUGCCCAGAUGACUGCCACAACCAGGGCCGCUGUGAAAAUGGGGUGUGUGUGUGCGAUGAAGGAUUCAUUGGAGAGGACUGCUCUGGAGUCUCACCUCCAAAGGAUCUAACAGUGGUGGAAGUAAAUCCAGAGACUGUCGACCUGUCCUGGGAGAAUGAGAUGCGCGUGACAGAGUAUCUGAUCACCUACGUGCCCACGGCCCCUGGAGGUCUGGAGCUGGACAUGCAGGUGUCUGGGGACCAGAAGAAGGCCACUAUUCGAGAGCUUGAGCCUGGUGUGGAGUACCUGAUCAGUGUCUAUGCUGUGCUAAACAACAAGAGGAGCAUUCCUGUCAGUGCCAGGGUGGCUACACAUCUGCCUGAGCCCGAGGGACUCAAGUUUAAGUCCGUGCGAGAGACAUCAGUUGAAGUGCAAUGGGACCCAUUGGACAUUUCCUUUGAUGGCUGGAACCUCAUCUUCAGAAACACGAAAGAGGAGGAUGGUGAGAUUCUUAACUCCUUGGGCCGUCCAGAGACCACCUUUGAGCAGUCGGGCCUGGGCCCUGGCCAGGAGUACGAGGUCAAACUGCAGGUGGUGAAGAAUAACAAGCUUGGAAAGCCUGCCUCCAAAAACGUCAUCACAAGGAUCGAUGCCCCCAGCCAGGUGAACGUGCGUGAUGUGACUGACACCACGGCGCUGGUGACAUGGUUCCAGCCUGUGGCUGAGGUGGACGGGGUCAGCGUUGCAUAUGGUCCCAGCUCUAACCCUGCUGAUCGUAACAUAGUGGAACUGUCAUCUACUGACACCCAGUACCACCUGGGUGGCCUUAACCCCGACACCCAGUAUGAGGUGUCUCUGACCGCUCGUAGAGGAGAACGGACCAGCACUCCCGUCUAUGAGUCAUUCCUCACAGACCUUGAUGCCCCCACGGACCUGCAGACAGUGGAGCUGACAGAUGAGAGCAUCACCCUGGAGUGGAAGAACAGCCAGGCUCACGUAGAAAACUACCGCAUUAAAUACGGCCCUCUGUCUGGAGGCGAACAUGGAGAGCUGCUGUUCCCACCAGGACCAAGGGACAUCACCCAGGCCAAGAUCACAGGUCUGAGGCCGGGAACAGAGUAUGGCAUGGGUGUGACAGCAGUGAAGGAUGAGCGAGAGAGUCUUCCGACAACCACCAACGCAGUGACAGCGCUGGAUGCUCCCAAGGACCUGACUGUUGCAGAGGUGACAGAGACCACCAUGAUGUUGGAGUGGAAGCGCCCCCUAGCCAAACUGGACUCCUACAGAUUGGUUUAUGUGUCAGCUGACGGCCACAGGGAUGAGGAAGUGGUCCCUGGCAGUUCUGAGUCUCACACUUUGAGGAGCCUUACACCCGGCAUGUUGUACACCAUUAGCAUCACUGCUGAGAGGGGCCGCAGGACCAGUGCACCCACCUCAAUCUCAGCCCCCACAGAGGAGGAGAAGCCUGUGGUGACCAAUGUCACAGUCAGCGAUGUAUCGUGGGAUAGCUUCCUCCUGACUUGGUCUGCUGAGGACGGGGCUUUCGAAGCCUUUUUGAUCGAGGUUACUGAUGCAGAGACGGGUGCUGAGUGGCAAAACCACACAGUGCCCGCCAGCGCUCGCAGCCUUGCCGUCUCUGGCCUCUUCCCCACCACCUGGUACAGGGCCAAUCUGUACGGGCAGUACAGGGGGGCCCUCUUAGACCCUGUGUUUGCAGACACCAUCACAGAGGCUGAACCAUUGGUGCAGGCUCUCCUAGUCUCCGACAUCACCCCGGACAGCUUUAGGCUGUCUUGGACGGCUGAAGAGGACGCCUUUGACACUUUUGUCAUAAUGGUCAGCGAGACCGAGGGCCCAGGCCAACCGAGAGAGCUGGUGCUGGGUGGGGAGGAGCGAAGCACAGCUGUCACAGAUCUCAGCGAGGACACGGAGUACAGAGUGGAGAUCUUUGGGCUCAUUUUGGGGAAACGCUCCAAGUCUGUAAUGGAGCAGGUCAGAACAGACCUCGGCCCGCCUAAAGGCAUCCGCUUCUCUGAUGUCACGGACACAUCUGCCACCGUGCACUGGGUGGUGCCACGAGCCCGGGUGGACAGCUACAGGGUCACCUAUGUGCCUGCUCAUGGAGGUACUGCAAAGACACUAACAGUAGAUGGCUCUGAGUCUCAGACUGUGCUGCCCAACCUGACCCCUGGGGUCACCUAUGAGGUCACCGUGGUUGCUGUUAAAGGUCAGAGGGAGAGUGAGCCUGGAUCGGACAGCGUCACCACAGCUCUGGAUAAGCCCCGCGGUCUGACUGCAGUAAACAUCACCGACACGGAAGCUCUGCUGCUGUGGCAGCCUGCCAUCGCUACAGUGGACGGAUAUGUCAUCACGUACAGCGCCGACUCAGUGGCUCCAGUGAUGGAGCGUGUCUCAGGAAACGUGGUGGAGUUUGAAAUGAGCUCUCUGACCCCUGCAACCUUCUACACAGUUAAAGUCUAUGCUGUGAGGGACUUGGCCAAGAGUGCAGCCACUACAACUGUGUUCACCACUGAUGUGGACGCCCCACAGGACCUGGCAGCCAGUAACAUCCAGACUGAGAGCGGUCUGCUGACUUGGAAGCCUCCUCGCGCUGACAUCACGGGCUACAUACUCAGCUUUGAGUCUGCAGAAGGCACAGUCCGGGAGGUGGUCCUGAGUCCUACUGCAGUCUCCUAUAACAUGGCCCAGCUCAGCGCAUCCACAGAGUACUCUGUCAAGCUGCAGGCUAUUGCUGGUCCAAAGAGAAGCCGAGUCAUCACGACUGUUUUCACUACCACUGGUGUACUCUACAGACAUCCUAAAGACUGUUCUCAGGCCCUGCUGAAUGGUGACACCACGUCUGAUGUGUAUACCAUCUAUGUGGGUGGAGAUGAGAGCCAGCCCAUUCAGGUGUACUGUGACAUGACCACGGAUGGAGGUGGAUGGAUCGUUUUCCUCAGACGUCAGAGUGGGAAAUUGGAGUUUUUCCGCAACUGGAAGAAUUACACUGCUGGCUUUGGUGACAUGAAUGAUGAGUUCUGGCUGGGUCUGUCCAACCUUCAUAAGAUAACAGCUGGAGGCCAGUAUGAGCUGCGGGUCGACCUCAGAGAUAAGGGAGAAACAGCUUACGCUCAGUAUGACAAAUUCUCUGUGUCUGAACCACGAACACGCUACAAGGUCCAUGUAGGAGGAUACAGCGGAACAGCAGGCGACUCAAUGACCUACCAUCAUGGCCGUCCAUUCUCCACCUACGACCACGACAACGACAUCGCUGUCACCAACUGUGCCCUGUCCUACAAGGGAGCUUUCUGGUAUAAAAACUGCCACCGUGUCAAUCUCAUGGGACGAUAUGGAGAUAACAGUCACAGCAAGGGUGUGAACUGGUUCCACUGGAAAGGCCACGAGCAUUCAAUCGAGUUUGCUGAGAUGAAGAUCAGGCCAUCCAACUUCAGAAACCUGGAAGGCAGAAGGAAACGAUCAUAAAGAAACCCAUCAUCACCAACAGGAACAACAAGAACAACACUUCUACUACUCCGUCUGGACUCCCCAUAAACCACCUCGACUCCAACACCCACACACCCUGCAGCGACCAAAGCCACUGCCAAGAGCCCAACGCACCUUCCCUCCUCCCACUUACUGUCAGAUCAGCAUUGACUCCAUGAGCCCAUCCCUCUGUGAUACGGUUGCGGAAAUGCUACAAGUGCGGAAAUCAAUGUGCAUGUUACAAACUGGACUUAAACCAAGCCCACACCGAUUCUUUACACGCACCAAAGAGAGCAAACCCAUCCCACCUGAGUCUGAUUCCAUCUCUUAUGUUGCAGCAUUUGUGGGGAGGAGAAUGUGGAGCUUGGGCAUUUUGUUGUGUACAGUAAUUAAUACAGUUCCCUAUUUCACAUCCAAGCCACGUUUGGGGUUUUACAGAAUGGACAGGAUGUUUAUAGAACAAUCUGGUCUUGUUUAGGUUCAGGGCCUCUUUGCUUGAGCAGAUAAUACAGUGAUAAUUCAGCUGGAUUGUCAUAGAAAUUCUAUUCCUUGUACAGAACUGUACAUGUAUCUGAAUUAAACAUUUGAAAAGGGAUACUCUGUAGAUGGCACUGCUCAGAUGACAGAUUUCUCCAUCUAACAUGCCAUUUGUUUGUCUUUGUGCAACUUUACUCGUCUGUCACUUUAUCCCUCCCAGGUUUCCUCAUCUCCUGCAGAACAAGCCAACACCAACAAAAGAAACUUGUAUGACAAAGUAUUUUACCUGCCACAUCCCACAUCCAAGUGGAUGGAAAAUGUUUCCAUUUAUUAUGUGAGUGCUUGAAAGCAUCAUGCUAAAGCCACAGUAUUGUGUUUUAAAAAAAGAAAAAAGCUAAAGAAGAUUAAAGAAAAGCUUCAAUUUAUUUUCUUUCUUUAAUGAAUCCAAGGCAGGACCUGUUGUUAAGUAUAUAAUGAAAUGAGGUGAUCACAUUUUCUCCUUUCUCUUUGCAAAAUGUGAAUACAGUGCAUAUAUGUGGUUCAAGAGAAUGUUAUAUGUUGUUGACACAAAACAUGAAAAAAGGUCAAUUCCAAUUGAAUUUUAUUCGACAUUGUAGGGUCUCUAUGCUUAUGUUGAUGAUCGUGUUUGAUCAGGCCAAAUCUAGAGAACUAGUAAAUGUUGUUACCCCCCCCACCCCCCACCC